AUGGAUUUGACUCGGGAAACUUUCUCGAAAGUGGAUGUUCUCAUCAUUGGAGCUGGUCCCGCUGGCCUUAUGGCAGCAACAUGGAUGGCUCGUUGUGGAAUCCAUGCUCGAAUUAUUGACAAGAGAGGCACCAAAAUCUUUACCGGUCAAGCUGAUGGACUCCAAUGCCGUACCUUGGAAAUUCUUGAUUCGUUUGGCUUUGCAGAUAGAGUAUGGAAGGAAAGCAAUCAUAUGCUUGAGAUUUGUCUCUGGAAUCCAGACUCUGCAGGAGUGUUGAGAAGAUCGGAUAGAAUUCCAGAUACUAUUCCUGGUAUUAGUCGGUUUCAACAGGUUGUUUUGCAUCAAGGUCGUAUAGAACAAUUCUUUCUCGAUUCUCUCGAAGAACAUAGUAACAUCAAAGUUGAACGUGGGAUAUUUCCAUACACACUAGCAUUUGACGAAACAAAAGCGGAAGAUCCAAAUGAAUAUCCAAUUGAAGUCGUUUUACAACAUCUCACCGAUGAUCAAGCUAACCCCAGGCAGAGUCAAGCAACACUAGAUGGAGCAGCAACUUCCGAUGGUCUCUUCCGAAGUAACAUAGCUGCCGAUGAUGAUACCGAUGAAGUUUUGAGUGACGCACAUGAAAAUGAACUAACAGUGAUAAAUGAGACAGUCAAAGCAAAAUAUCUGAUAGGAUGUGAUGGUGCACAUUCUUGGACACGAAGACAAUUGGGAAUUCAACUCGAAGGUGAACAAACUGAUCUCAUUUGGGGUGUACUUGAUAUUAUUCCCAUUACAAACUUUCCAGAUAUUCGAAUGAGAUGUGCAAUUCAUUCUUCGAAAUCAGGUAGUAUGAUGGUUAUUCCAAGAGAAAAUAAGCUCGUCAGACUCUACAUACAGAUCACUACAACGGCAAUUGGAUCAGAGAUAGAUCGAUGGUCCAUCAAUCCCAAAAUGAUUUUGGAUUCUGCUCAAAGAAUAAUGGCACCUUACAAAAUAGAUUACGAACACUGUGACUGGUGGACGGCUUAUCAAAUUGGCCAGCGAGUUGCCUCGAAAUUUUCUCAAUACGAUCGUAUGUUUCUGGCUGGCGAUGCAGUACACACUCAUUCUCCUAAAGCUGGACAAGGAAUGAAUGUUAGUAUGCAGGAUACAUUCAACUUGGGGUGGAAAAUAGCUGCCGUUCUUAAUGGAACUGCUAAUCGAUCCAUCUUGAAAACGUACGAAUCUGAACGCCGCGCUGUUGCUCAAGAACUGAUCACCUUUGACCAUAAAUUUUCUCGAUUGUUUUCUGGUCGUCCAGCAAAAGAUAUUAUGGAUGAAGAGGGGAUCAGUAUGGAAGAAUUUAAAGAGGUUUUCGAAAAGGGGAAUUUAUUUGCUAGUGGUGUAUCUGUCAAUUACGGUGCUAGUAUCAUUGUUGCCAAAGAUGAUGAUGCUGCAGCACAGGGUUGUGAGAUCGGAGUCGCUCAGAACGUUAACGCGAGAAUUAUAGGAAAACACCACUUGGCCACUAAUAUCCGAAUCGGAAUGCGAAUGCCCAGUUUCAAAGUCCUCAAUCAAUCAGAUGCGAGACCUUGGCAUUUUCAAGAGCUUUUAAAAAGUGAUGGACGCUGGAGAAUUGUUGUUUUCGCCGGGGAUAUAUUAAACAAGAUUCAAAUGUUACGAAUACAAAAUCUAAGUGGAGGAUUAAAAACUCUCGUGGGGAAAUAUCUAUUAGGAACUGAUGGAACUGACUCGGCUAUCGAAAUCCUGAUGAUCCACAGCGCACCACGAAUACAAAUCGAACUUCUAGAUCUCCCAGAGAUCUUCCAUCCUUUGAGUAACAGGGAUGGUUAUGAUUAUGACAAAGUCUAUGUGGAUGAUCUUUCGUAUCAUGAAGGGUAUGGAAAGGCGUAUGAAGGCUACGGAGUGGAUAAAAAGAGGGGUUGUUUGGUACUGGUGAGACCGGAUCAUUAUGUUAGUUGGAUCGGGGGGUUGGAGGAUGAUGGUGAAAUUGAGAGGUUUUUUGAGGGGUUUAUGGUGAAGAAGAUGCGAUGGUUCACAAAAUUGAGAGAGGAUUUGGAAAGGAACUUAAUUUGA